AUGGCGGACUUCGACGACGACUGGUUUGACGACAACGCGCAGUUGCUUGACGCGAUCUGCCGCGACGCCGAGGAGGCCUCCGCCUCCCGCAACCCUAGCGCCACUCCAGCUGCAGUCACCCAGUACCUUCCCGCCGCCCCCGCCGCCGCCGCCGCCGCAUCUUGGCCCCCUUCCUGCUUCUCCACCACCGCCACCACCUCUUCCGCCCCCCUCUCCCGCGUCCCCGCCGCGCCCCAUGCCUACGCCACUCCCCUCCCCCGCAUCCCCAAUGUCGCCGCCGCCUCUCCUUUCCCCCUCCCCCGCACCCCCGCGGCGGCCCGCGCGCCCACCCCCGACUUCUUCUCCCCUCCGCGCGAGCUCUCCCAGCGCUCCGCGGCCAGCGGCGGCGGCUUCUCCCCUCCGCGCGAGCUCUCCCAGCGCCCGGCGGCGGAGGAGGACAGCGAGUGCCAGAUCAUCGAGGCGAUGGGCUCCACGACCACCGACCGGGCCAGGACCGUGCCGCCGAGGGACGCUAGGGCGGCGAGCCAGGCCCGCGUCAAGACCUUGCCCAGGGGGAGGCAAGCUAGGGCGGCAGAGAGCAAGUCGGCCGAGGAGAUCAAGAUGCAGAGGGAGCUGGAGCGUGUCCUGAAGCAGAUGAACGACAUGAAAAACGAGAACACGGAGCUGAAGAAAGGCAUCAAAAAUAAAGACCUUGAAAUCGAGGCUAAAGAAGCAGAAAUUCAUAUUUUGAAGAAGGCGAAUCUCAAAGAUAUUUGCAGUACAAGGAUGGAUAUUGAUCAUGCCCCUGCAAAUGAGGCUUUGCAAGCUGGGGGUUCUUGUCGCACAUCCACAAGGAGAGCAGACAAGUUGAAUGGAAAAAAUAAGGACCUCUGUUCUUCCCGAGAUGGAACAAGUACCUCAGGAGCAUAUUUGGAGGAGAAUGCACACCUUGAAUUAAAAAAUAACAAAUGCACGGACAAUAAGGCUAAAGGAGUCCAAACAGAUCUUCCAGUGAACAAUGAACAUCUUGAGCACAAGAAAGUACCAAUAAAUAACAUCUCUAGCAGCCUCUGUGCAAUCUGGGGUAGGCCAGCUAACAGUAUGCUGGGGAGGAGUCUGAUCUCAAAGAUCCUUGCUUCUUGCUCAGAAGAAAUGUUGACACUUCUCCAGUCUACGAGAUCGCCAGACAAGUGUGAAAACUCUUCUGAAGGGAGCUCCUCAAUGCAUAAUGCUAUAUCAGAAGUAUAUGAUAUUAUCAUCAAGGUGAAUAGUGACGCAGUACCUGUACAAACUCUUCUUGAAGCAUUGCUAAAUCUGUGUGUUGUUGGUAAUGUCGUUGUUGUUGGUAGGGCCCUGCGGAUAUUGUAUAGCAUCUUGCAAAACUUGCUAACCCAUGGAGUCAAGUCUAACCAAAGGAACAAUGUUAUUAUUGGGACGAAUGCUAACGGUAACAUGGAAAUGGGGAGUAACAGUAGGUUGCUUAAUGCACCUGGCAUGGAGAAUCUAGUAAGAAGUGAAGAUGGACUUCACAUUGGAAAUAUGUUUCUUCCUUCUACAUUCUGGCCUUCAUUCUUCACUGCUGUGCUACAAAUUGCGCUAAAGUAUUCAGAAGAGAGUAUUCGUGUUGAUGCACUAUCCAUAGUUAUUCUCGUUGUAAGGACAAGUGAUCCCAAAGUGGAACGUGAAAAAUUUGGAUUUACUUCUGUAAUGGAAAGCUUACAUCCAUUGUUGCAGAAGGAAAAUGGAUUGCUUGUAAAGAAGCAUUCUGUGCAUCUACUUUUUUUGCUUUUGAACUGCCCAACGAUGUUGAAGCUUCUGUGCAAUGGAGGUACAGAUGGCUCUGAAGUGAUGGAAGCUGUUGGAUCUGAAAAUGAUAGAUCACAACAAGCUAUAAGCGCAGUACUUCAGGACUUGUCUGAAUGUUUUACCUGUGAGGCAACAUCUUCUCUGGAGCUCAAGCUUUGUCGUCUAGUUGUCAAUCUAUUAGCAUACAUAGCAUCUAGUGGCAAGUUGGGAUAUCAAGUGCUUCUAGAUUCAGUGACUGCCAAUGGUUCCAGCUUUUUGGAGUUGAUCAUGGAAGUCCUUGCUUCCCAGAUGGAACAGGAGGUUGAUUUUUCAACUGAGGCACACGAGCUAUUGAAAGAAAGGUAUUUGCUGAUGAGAGAAGCCCUGAUCCUUCUGAACCGAUUAGCUUCACACGCUAUGUUUUCGAAGCCAACUCUGGAAGUGUUGGUAGGCAGUGGUAACCAGUGCGCAAGCUUGACAAUUGAUACUGCGAACCGGCUUCCCCAGAGGAGCAAGUACCCCUUGAGGCACCUUACCGAGCUGAAUCCCCAGAUGGCGAACGACCUCGCAGAGCUGGCCCAGAAGUUCCGUUCGCGAGUGUACGGUUUCCUGGAAGAGCAACAGCAUUCAAAGGCUGACCGUUCCAGUUCAAGUGGUCCGGCCAAGAGUCUGCGACUGCCUCCUAGAGUUCCAAGAUAGUUGGGUCUAUCUUAGCUUACUGGAGAUUGUUUUCUUGAUUUUUUUUUUCUUUUGGGCUAACCGUAGUAGGGUCUUUCUGGGUAGGGCGAGUAGGUAGGUUUUGGCUGGUGGUGUACAGUGGGGUGUGAUUCCUCGCCAUUUUGGGGAUGUGUAAGUUUGAAAACUCGAGGGAAUGUGUUGUUAGAAUUGUACUGAGAAAUUGGCAUACGGCACAACAGCAGUUCGUGGCAAGAUAGUCAUCUUUCUUUUU